AUGGCAGCUGCUGAACAACAGAUUGAAAUUGAUGAGGAGACCACGGAUGACUCUGAAAGCUCUUUGUACCAGUCUGGAUCUGAAUACUCGACCGCAUCGCUGUCGUCGUCGAUCUACGACUACCGUUAUGAAAACGGACGCAGGUAUCAUGCGUAUAAGGAUGGGCAAUACGCUUUCCCCAACGACGAGAGAGAACAAAAUAGACUGGACAUCAUCCACCACGUCUAUCUCCUCAUGCUCGAUGACAGACUCCAUCUUGCCCCCAUAGGCGAGAACCCACAGCGCAUCUUGGACGUUGGAACCGGUACCGGUAUCUGGGCCAUUGACAUGGGAGAACGCUACCCCUCCGCGGAGGUUUUAGGAACCGACCUGAGUCCCAUCCAGCCCAGCUGGGUCCCACCGAAUGUGCAGUUCCAGAUUGACGACGCCGAGGGUGAUUGGACAUGGGCGAAGGACUCGUUCGACCUCAUUCACAUCCGACAUUUGACUGGUGCUAUCCAGGACUGGCCGGCGUUGGUGAAGCAGGCUUACCAAUAUGUCAAGCCCGGUGGUUACAUCGAGUUUGGAGAGUACGAGAUGGACCUUUACAGCGACGACGGCACAUUCCACAGUGGCCUGUACCUGUGGAAGUUCUACGACCUUGUCAAGAAGGCUGCGAAGAAGCAUGGUCGCGAGUUCAACGUAACGACAAGACUAAAGGGCAUGCUCGAGGAAGCUGGCUUCGUGGACAUCCACUACGAGACGAUGAAACUUCCACUUGGAACAUGGCCAGCCGACAAGAAGCAGAAGGAGAAGGGUGCGUACCUCCUCCUUAACGCUGAGACCGCUUUCGAUGCCUUUGGCACAGGGCUGUUUACGAGAGAGCUGGGGAUGAGCGUGGACGAGGCGAGGGAGAUUGUAGAGGGUGCGGGGAGGGAUUCGAAGAACAGGAAGAUUCAUUCCUACAACGUACAGCACCUCUUCUACGCUCGUAAACCAUUGGAGGACUGCUAG